CGGCACCAUGGGGAACAGCCACUGCGUCCCUCAGGCCCCCCGGAGACUCCGGUCCUCCUUCUCCAGGAAGCCCUCGCUGAAGGGACACAGAGAGGACGGCUCCCGGAGGCUGGCAGGUCUCCUCGGCCCUGAGGCUGCUCCCGGCGGGGGCUCCGCAGCCGACAAGAUCCUCUACUAUGUCCCGGCGUUGGACAUCCAAGGACAUCGGAGGGAAAACCCAGACCAGCUGCUCCCGAGUGUGUCCAAGGGGCAGCGGGGGGUCCCCGUGAGGGACCUGGGCCAAGUCGUGCACUACGCCAAGGUGCAGCUGCGCUUCCCGCACAGCCAGGACACCGGCGACUGCUACCUGGAGCUGUUCCCCUCCCACCUGUACUUCCAGGCCCAUGGCUCAGAAGGACUCACCUUACAGGGGCUGUUGCCUCUGACUGAGCUGAGCGUCUCCCGGCUGGAGGGCCCCAGCAAGGAGCACGCCUUCCAGAUCACAGGUGGGAGGGGGCCUGAGUGGCCCCUGGGAGCCCGCAGCAUCCCCGGGAGCCACCACCCCACACCCAGAUGUGCCCCCACCCCAGCCCUCUGCCCUGACCCGGCCCCCCACGAGGCCGGCUGGGGCUGACAGACCCAGGGGUGGGAGGUCCCCGGGCCCCAGUGCACCCUGCCCCCACCCGCAGGCCCGCUGCCAGCCCCCCUCCUCGUGCUGUGCCCCAGCGAAGCCGAGCUGGUCUCCUGGCUCUACCACCUAGAGAAGCAGAUGGCGCUCAUUGGGGGCCUGUGGCACUGCCACUCGGCCUCCCCACAGCACCGGCUGACACGGCUGCGGACCGUGUCGGGGCGCGAGGCGGUGGACGGUGCCAUCUGCGCCUCGAGGGUCAAGCUGCAGCACCUGCCCUCUCAGGAGCAGCAUGAGCGGCUCCUGGUCCUGUACCCGAGCUCCCUGGUGGUUUUCUCCGAGGAGGCAGAAGGACUUUGCUUCAAGGGGGAGCUCCCACUCAGCGCGGUCGCCAUCAAGGUGGAGGAGAAGCAGAAGCAUCUCUGCUCUUUCCUGAUUGAAGGCCGCCUCAUCAACUCCAUCCGCGUGCUGUGCGCCAGCUGGGAGGACCGCGGCCACUGGCUCCGCUGCCUGCACUCCGUGUCUCUCAGGGAUGGCAGCCCCUCCCUGCCCAGCCCCGAGGGCUUCCUGGUGACAGGCAGUGGCCGAGGCUCACUCUCCUCCGAUGGAAGGACCAGCUGGGGCUCGGGAUGCCCAGCGUCCACCUCCACCCACCCCAGCCACUCCCUCCCUGAGUGCAUGGAGCCUGGAGCCGUCCAAGCCAACCCAGGCUGCACCAGCAUCAGCCAGCGGAGGGCAGAGCUGAAACGUGGGGGCAGCAGCCGGUCCCCCAGGAGCAAGGCCCGGAGUGAGGGGCCCAGUCCAGCCACCCCUCUGUACCUGGACCUGAACCUCACCCAGCUGAGCCUGGAGGAGGGCCUGGAGGACCCAGACAGCUCUCCAGAGACCCCGCACUCCCCACUGUACGCCGACCCCUACACCCCACCUGCCACCUCCCACCACAAGCUCACAGACCUCCGGGACCUCGGCGAGUUCCUCAGUGCAGCGUGUGGCUCUCCUGGCCUGGAGCCCUCAGGCGCCUUUCCCUCCGUCCCCGUGUCUGUGCCUGUCUCUAACCCCAGCGCUGGCCCUUCCAGCUGCCCAGACCCCCAUUUGCUUCCCAAGAAGGGAGCCUCUCAGAGGCACAGAGGCCUCUGCAAGGACGGGGGACCACGGCCCCCCAACUCCCCUCAGCUCGUCUCACCUGCAAGGGAAGGGUCGCCCCUGCCACCUCCCCCAGGUGGCCGCUCCCCCCGGCGGCACAAAGACCCAGGCCGCGACAGCGUCGGGGACAAGGCCUUGCCCACGCCCCACCGCAAGGGGACCCGGCUCGGGGCGCCCGAGGCUGAGGUGUGCCUGACCCAGUGGAUCUGACGCCCGGGACCCUCCGCAGCAACCUGCCGGCGUCGGGCCUGGGGGGGUUUGAGCAGGGCCGGGGUCUUUCUUUGCAGGGUCCCGGGCAUCCCUCCACCAGACCUUCAGCCCACGCUGGAUUCCCGGAAAGCCGAGGGGGUCUCCAGAAGUGGGGGAGGACCCCAUCUCUGGGCUCUGGCACCGCGAGCAGCUGGAGGGUCCAGCCCUGGCUGACCUGGCCAGACUGCAGCUCUGGGAAGGGUGUCAGGGUGGGGUCCCUCAGCUGUGCCCCCCGGGAAGAAGGGGGAGGGAAGCCAGUGGGUGCUGCACCUGGGAACGAGCAGGCAGGCGUGAGGUCAGAGGGCCUGUGA